AUGUCGCACAUGACGAAUCCGCUGGCGACGCCAGACCGAUUAUUCCAGCGACGAUCUUUCGGCGCUCUGCCUCUUGAACUCCAAGACACCAUCUUCUUUGCAACACAAUGCCUCACCCAAGCCGCCGGCAUCCUCCUCCAACUCCCCCAAUCUGUGACAGCCCAGGCCAAUGUCUUGCUUGCACGGUACUGGCUCGUAGAGCCACUUAUGGCUCAUGAAUUUAGCGACGUCUCCGCCGCCACCCUCUACCUCACAGCGAAGUGCUCCCCUCACCCACGGUCCCCACGAGACCUCUCCAACGUCUACGCCUACCUCCUCUCCGCGUCAUCCACCUUCUUCUCCCCGCCGACCGCCCCCAAUAACAACAAUAACAACAAUCCAUCCGCCUACUACGUCUCCGAAACAGCCUACCAAGCCUUCCACACCCGCCUUCUCGCCCUCGAAGGCCGCGUGCUCUACGCCCUCUCCUUCGACACCCACGUCGCGCUACCGCAUCCGCUGGCGGUAACCUACCUGCAGGCUCUCGAGUUCCUGCACGUGCCAAAGGAGACGAUAGGCGGGAAGGCCGUGCAGUAUCUAAACGCGGCGCUGCUGUCGCCCCAGAUGCUGUACCUUACGAGCCAGCCUAACACGCUGGCGGUGGCGGCGAUAUAUAAUGCUGCAAGGGAUGUCGGAGCCAAGAUGCCUGAGUGUGAGUGGUGGGAGGUGUUUGAUGUCGAGAGGGAGGAAUUAGGGUUUUUGGUCGUAGGGAUGAGGAGUGUUGAAGGGUGGGGGAGGAAGCUCAGGGAGGAUAUGAAGGCGAUGGGGGUCGAAAGGGGAAUGAUUAUGAGGAAGCAUGUUGAGGCGGAGCUGAGCAGGAGGGGGUUGGGGGUGAGGAUUGGGAAUAAGGUUGAUGCGGAGGAGGAGGCGGCGAGGAUGAUGGAUGAGAAGAUGGAGGCUAUGGAGGUAGCUGGAUGA